UUGCAGUUUGGUGUGUCUUUUAUUUUUACGUAGAACUCAUAUCGAUCCGAUAUGCCGCGUCCGAGAAUGGAUUUUGCGACUAAUAAGUGGCGAGGCACCACGCGAGCAAGAAUGAACAGCCCUGGAGGUUAUGGGCACUGCUCAAUUGGCUCAUUCCUCGGUGCUUCUCGAAGGUACGCGUCACGUCUGUUUGGUUGGACAGCCACCAAGUUGACUUGGAUGUCAGCGCCUGUUGUCAUCAGAACCUGGUUCUUGUGCUGCCACAUCAUUUUUGGUGGUGGCGCUGUCGUCACCUCCCAACGCUUGCGCUCCCCGAGUUCCCAUUCAAGAUGGUGCUGCCACGGACUUUGGCUCGUGGGGGUGCUGUCGCUACUGACAAAGCCUGUGCUCCCCGUCGUCCCUGUUGAAAUGGUGGCUGGAACUUGGAGAGGGUUUGCUGCCACAGCCGGAUCCAGUGUUACAUUCCUGUGGCUUUUUGGUUGUUUCCCAAUUAUUGAAGGGAGUUGCAGGCUUAUCAUGGGCGACACAGUGCUUUGCUCGCACCUUCACGGAGUACAGCAAUGUGGGGAAGCAAGUCGAGGACAGCCUCUCUCGAUUUCUGUCCCGGGGGCACUAUGCUCUUUCAGCUCACACCUUACAGACAUGUCAGGAAGCAAGGAAAGGUUAUUUUUUUCACUCAUCGUUUAUAUUUGGGUGAUUAACUUAGUCUUGAAAAAAAAAACGUCAUUUUAAUGACAUUGUGAUAAAUAAAUUUUGGGUCUUUAAAUUGUC